AUGCACAGACGCUCGUCUGGCUCCCCGGUCGCGGACGACUCUGACGAUUCUCCCGUACGCUCCUCGGACGAUCAUGGGAACGGUCACGGCCCCGGCAAUGCUAUCGAUCCUUCCAACGAUAAAUCGCGGUCGCAGAUAGCCCGUCACGGCACCAGUUUCGAUCUUCGCCGUGACAACGGCCGUUCCACGCCGCGCUCGCGGAACUCUAGCCUGUGGCGCACUCCGUCUGCUCAACCUUCCAACGAUACCAAAACUAUGCCAUUGGGCUCUCCGAGGCUGCCUAUGGAGGCGCCCUCUCCCGAUGGCCGCCGCGCGCGUCAGUCUAGUCUGCGCAGUCCCUGGUCCUGCUCUAUCCUGACGGCCUUGACGACGUUCUUUGCCGUCGCGUUCUUGUUCUCGACCGUGCGCUCGUUCACUAGUCGCCAGGUCGGCGGAGAUGGAUGUGGUGUGCCUAUGAUGAGCCCGACGUUCAUUCGGAUGCUAGAGUUUGAUACGGAGCAUACGCGGUUUGCGAGCAAAUACAACCUGUUUCUAUAUCGAGAGGAAGGCGUGGAUCCGUACACGCAGGACAAUAUCGGGUUGAACGGCGUCCCCGUACUCUUUCUCCCCGGAAAUGCUGGCAGCUACCGGCAGGUCCGGUCUCUAGCAGCAGAGGCCUCCCGGCAUUACUACGAUGUAGUUCGACACGACGAAGAGCGACACGCCGCCGGCACACGCAGCCUGGACUUUUUCAUGGUGGAUUUCAACGAGGAUAUGGCGGCCUUCCAUGGACAGACCUUGUUGGAUCAGGCGGAAUAUGUGAAUGAGGCGAUCUCGUACAUUCUAUCGUUGUACCACGAUUCUCGCCGAACUCGCCGGGAUCCCGGUCUUCCUGACCCGAGCGCGGUGAUCCUGAUCGGUCACUCUAUGGGCGGUAUCGUGGCUCGCACUGCUCUCACCAUGGCGAAUUACCAGGCGAACUCGGUUAACACGAUUAUCACCAUGUCGGCACCUCAUGCGAAACCGCCCGUUUCUUUCGACUCGGAUAUCGUUCAUACAUAUAAGCAGAUCAACGACUACUGGCGGGAGGCGUAUUCGCAAACCUGGGCCAAUAAUAACCCUCUCUGGCAUCUCACGCUGAUUUCAAUUGCAGGUGGUGCACGCGACACCGUUGUUCCGUCUGAUUAUACCAGUAUCUCAUCCCUGGUUCCAGAGACGCAUGGGUUCACCGUGUUUACCUCGUCCAUACCGAAUGUGUGGAUCGGCAUGGACCAUCUGUCGAUCACCUGGUGCGAUCAAUUCCGGAAAGCGAUCAUCAAGUCGCUAUUUGAUAUCAUUGAUGCGCGACGCCCGUCUCAGACGAAACCCAGAGCAGACCGUAUGCAGUCUCUCAAGCGGUGGUACUUGACUGGAUUGGAGUCGGUUUCCGAGCGGACGCUGUCCCAAAAGGAGCCGAAUACUCUGUUGACACUCGAAGAUAAUGCCAAUACUAUUCUUGCGCAAGGCCAGCGGCUAGUGCUUCGCGAGCUUGGGCGGCAGCACGGUCCUGAUGUACGCCUUUUGCCUAUCCCACCGCAGGGUGUUUCUGGCAAGAAGUUUACGCUUCUCACGGAUCAGAGGCUUGAUAAGCAGGGCAACAUCGAGGUGCUCUUCUGCAGCGUGUUCCCGUUGAACAAUGGCCGGUCAGCCAUUUUCUCCAUGAAUUUGGAUUUCUCAGGUGGCACCGUGGGCUCAACUCGGUUGGCUUGUAAGAGUGCUGCAGAGGACGUCAUUUACCUGCCAUCCUCGACGCGGACGUCGAAGAAUGCGUACGACCGCGUUCCUCCGUUCUCAUACCUCCAGUAUGACCUGGAGAACCUAGCUGAACAUCAAUUCGUGGCGGUCGUUGACAAGGCCAAUGUCCCCACCCCGGGUUUCUUGGUGGCCGAGUUCUCGGACAGCUCUGAUUCCAUGAUCCGGGCCAAGGUUGGCCUGGGCAGUCUCCUGAGCGCCGGUCUGAAGAUGCGGUUGCCCGCUAAUCGGCCCAUGCUUACGGAAGUGAAGAUCCCAGCACUACACUCCAGUCUUCUCAACUACAAGCUGAAGAUUACGAGGCAUCCGCAGAAGGAUGAGCUCUUUGCGCCGCUGCUCCGCCAGUCCAUUCCGGAUCCACACGAGUCUAAAUUCUUUGUGAACGUCAACGAUGUCCAUGUCAAUCUGCAUGGCGUUGCGCCAUUCAUGCCGUCCCCUGUUCGUGACUCGGCAUCCGCUGGUGGUGUGUCCUUCCAGCUUUGGACUGACCCCAGCCCCGGUGAGACCGUUGAUAUCUCGUUGAAGAUUGAUAUCACUGGCAGUCUGGGUGAAUUGGUGAUGCGGUAUCGUACCGUCUUUGCUGCAUUCCCGCUCCUUGUCGUGGCCCUCGUGCUUCGCAAGCAGUUCCAGGUAUACGACGAGACAGGAUACUUUAUUCCCUUCACGGAUGGUCUUGACCGGGCUUUGCGGUCCUCUCUGCCGCUUUUGUUGGUUGCCAUGUCGCUUCUGGCUUCUUCCCUGGCUACCACCAAGGCUCUGCCUCAAUCCGACGACCCCUUCCACUGGCGGACCAACUCCACCGAGACGCCACUUGAUUUUACAAAGAACGAUCUACUGCUUGGCUCUCAGGAUGCUUUCUUCUGGUUCCUCGUCCCGAUAUUUGGUCUCAUCAGCGUCGGUGUUUGUGUCCUGGUCAACUAUGUUGCCCUUUUCCUCGUGAACAUCUUCUCCCUGGUCUACGGCGCCGUCAACAGCAAGUCGGGCUACAUUCGUCGCGAGGACAGAGGCAAUCUACCCAUCUUUAGCGCUCCCACCCCGCGCCGUCGUGUCAUUCAUACCGCGAUUCUGCUUCUUCUCGUCUCGACUGUCAUCCCUUACCAGUUCGCCUACAUGGUAGCCUGUAUCGUGCAACUAGCAACCACCGUGCGAAGCCAAUGGCACGCCAAGGAAACCAGAUCAACCUCCCACCUCAACUUCGGCAACUACGCCCACUCCAUCCUAAUUCUGAUGCUCUGGAUCCUCCCAAUCAACGUACUCGUCCUUCUCGUCUGGGCCCACAACCUAGUCGUACACUGGUUCAUGCCCUUCUCCUCACACCACAACGUCCUCUCCAUAAUGCCCUUCCUCCUACUCGUCGAAACCAUGACCUCCGGCGCUAUGAUCCCCCGAAUCACCACCCGCUUCCGCCACGUAACCUCCAUGCUCUUCUUCGCCAUCGCCAUGUACUCCGCCGUCUACGGCGUUACCUACGCUUACUUGCUGCACCAUCUGGCUAAUUUGCUGGCGGCAUGGUUCGUCGGCAUUUAUCUUGUUGGCAGUGGAUUUUCGCCUCGGAGGUUAUGGCGGAUUAUCGAUGGUGAUGAAAUGCCGGAGGAUGGCGGGAGACAUGUUAAGAAGAAGCCAUGA